UCUGGCUUGGAUACAUCUAAUUUGGUUCUUUCAUUUUAGUUUUCACUUAUCUCCAAGCGAGAAGUAUUUAGUGAAAUCUAAACUGAAGGAUCAAAUAUGUAUCGUUUUCGGAAAUUGUUGAAAGGAGAAAGUUCAUGUAAGAAACUUGGGAAAAAAAAAGCUUCUUCAUCCUGGCUUGGGGUCAUGACAGGUGACAUUGAAGGAAAAAGGGCAAGUAGUAGAAAAAAGCUGUACAAAUCCAGCAUUCAGAAAGCUAAAAGAAUUCUUCGGAUUAAAACUGGAUUGGCCAAUAAAAGAGUGAUGGUUGAAUCAUUAAUGGCAUCCAAACAAGAUGCGGCCAAGACUGUGGCAAGCCUAAGGUCUCUCAACAUGAGAAGGAAUGAGCUAAGGGAUAAGCUGAAUAGUGCAAUCGAUGACUUGGUGAGAUGGCGAGCUUUGGAGACUUGGUUGAUGGGUUUCCUUUGAAGUAGAUAGCAAAGUGACUUUCAAGGAUAGAUAAGUUUUAAUCGUAAUAGGUUGUUCCCAUUCUGUUUAAAUAUGUUUCUUUUUGGUCAAUCUCUAAGAUUCCUGGCUUUGUGUUAUCUAUACUUCUUGUUGGGUGAUGUUUGGUAUCGAUAUCCAAUAAAUUUGUUUCGCUCUUGGUUUAA